CCUAUCCGUCUGUCGCAUGCCCUCAGCAUGUUGAACUCAAAACUGCUGGGGACUAAUAUGUCAGAGAUGCCGACCUUUCAGAACAUCGCCAGGUCCUACUUGGAAGACAUUAGGUUUGUUCCUUCAAUGUAUUUUAUGCACUUGUUUGCCUUAAUUUUUAGAAAAAGAAUUGGAUCGGGAAGGGAAAGAUACUGCAGAGUGGAAGAAAAAAAAGAUGAUCUCAUACAACAGAGCAGUAGGACAAGGAAUACCAGCCGAAUGACCAUCUUUUAUUACUAUUAGGAGUAACUGAUCCAGUUUUCCACGUUCAGUCCUUUAAGCUUUACUAAAACCGCUCUAACAUACUUUUACACCUCCUGUUUUACUUGCUGAUGAACUAUAUGAAUUCAUCGGUGACAUACCCACAAAUGAUAUUAUUAGCCUUUUGGUCCAGAUGCCGAAGCCAUCAAGCCCUCAGCUAGAGAAAGAGUUUACAAUGUUGCUCCGAGACCUAGGCCAUCGACACAAAAUCAAGAUGUUGGCUCUCAGUCAGGGUUUCAAAGAGUUUACGAAGUCUCUCCAAGCUCAGUUCACAGAUUAUCGAGAUGACGCUACCUCGACUAAAGCUAGUCUGCAAUCAACUACUGAUAAUAAAAGGUUGCUCAUUGAUCCACAAAUGGACAGGGAUAUCCAGGCCUAUUUCGAUAGAUUUUAUUCCAUCAACCUUAGUACUCAACUUUUAAUUGGUGAGCAACUUGCGCUCCGCGAUCACGAGUUAAACUUAGCGCAGCGUGUGAAUCUGCUCUCGACCUCACAGCGUGCUAUCAAGGAUGCUCAACGUGUUUGUUCCGUACACUAUGGACAACCGGCGCCAUCCGUCUUGAUCCAGACGUUUAACCCAGACAUCACCAUGACUUAUGUGGAUGAUUUUCUCCAUCGAACCAUCUUUGAGCUUCUCAAGAAUGCCAUGAGAGCAACUUGUGAGACACAUUUGAGCAAGGAUGGGAACCCAAUUUCGCUUGGAAUGUCUAAGCUAUCAAGUCUUGGUACUAGCUCAAAACUACCGCCCAUCACACUGGCACUAGUUGACGGUAGUGAGGAUGUGACAAUCAAGAUCACAGAUCAAGGCGGCGGGAUAGCCUUGUCACAAUUAGACAAGAUCUGGAGCUAUAUGCACUUUGCCACUUCAGUCACACCAAAGGCUGAAAAUGAACGACUUGGGAAUGAACAGGGAGUAGGUAUGUUGCUUACAGAUCCAAAUUCUAACGCACUCGCGAGCGGAUUGGCCGAUGAGACCAAAGGCUACUUGAACCUUCCUCUGAGUCGAUCUGGGCAUGGUCUGCCUCUAUCACGAUUGAUCGCUCGAUAUUUUGGUGGAGACCUAUCUCUAGUCUCGAUGGAAGGAUAUGGCACAAGUUCGUAUCUGUCGCUGUACAGAGAUGAUAACCACCUGGAAAACUUUCCGGAGAUGGAUGAAGAGGUGCUGGGAAACAUUGACAUCUUCGUGAAUAAGCUAUUGGAUGAAUAUCCCAUAGACCUUGACAAGACCUAUGCCGAUGUCGCCAAGAUCAGCCCCAAGGAGUUAUCUCAGCCCCAGGUUAAAUCAUUGGCCAUGAAACAAGUGCCGUCUCAAAUGUCCUCGAAAAGGGUGCUAGAUCUGAGAGAGAGUAACAACGCCAGUGACUCCAAGGUGCCCUUGAAUAUUUUCAUCCCUACUCGUAGCGAGGCGUCUUCAUCCAUUAUAUGAUUUGAAC